CAAUCCCCCCUAGCAGUUCGACCGCAGCAGCUCUCUCCGCAGUUAAUGGCGACCGCCGCGUCCGGGACGGCGCUCCGGCGGCUCUACCUCUCCGCCUACAACUGGGUCGUCUUCUUCGGAUGGGCGCAGGUGAUGUGCUACGCGGCCUCGGCGCUGCUGGAGAGCGGCCACGAGGCCGUCUACGCCGCCGUCGAGCGGCCGCUGCAGUUCGCGCAGACCGCAGCCUUCAUGGAGAUUCUGCAUUCGAUUCUAGGGUUUGUGAGGUCUCCGAUCUCGACAACUCUCCCACAAAUCACUGGAAGAUUGUACAUCACAUGGGGCAUCUUGUGGAGCUUUCAUGAGGCGCAGUCUCAUAUUCUUCUAACUUCAUUGAUCAUAAGCUGGUCUAUCACUGAGGUCAUUCGAUAUUUUUUCUUUGGUAUGAAGGAGACAUUUGGGGUUGCACCUUACUGGCUCCUAUGGCUUAGGUAUAGCACCUUUCUGGUGUUCUAUCCUACCGGCAUCGUAAGCGAGGUUGGCCUGAUCUUAGUUGCCAUGCCUUUUAUGAAGACAUCAAGGAAAUAUUUUAUGAUGCCUAAUAAAUGGAAUUUCUCCUUCAACUACCACUAUGAAUUGGCUCUUGUCACAGCUCUAAUCAUACCAGGAUUUCCAUACUUGUUCCGUUAUAUGGUGGCUAAGCGGAAGAAGGUCUUGUCGGCGGCAAAAACGGCAUGAUACUGCAAUUGCUUCUUGACCAAUCAUGUUGAGACAGAUGGAAUGUAGAAUGCUAGAAUAUACUCUCUCUGUAAACUAAUAUAAGAUCAUUUAGAUAACUACUUUAGUGAUCUAAACGAUCUUAUAUUAAUUUACAGAGGGAGUACUCUUUAAAUCUUGAAUCGUGUUUUGUGUCAUUCAUUGAUCAUUAGCUUCAAACUUGCUUGGUAUCUCGUACUUGUAAUCUCCGGUUUGAAUUAUUCUCAAUCCUUUUCAGCAAUAAAUGGUACAUUGUAACAA